AUGGGAAAGGACGGGAAUGAGAAGGGAACGGACAGGCCUGGCCGGACCCCCGGAGAGAACGAGGGGCAGCUCCAGCCUCCAGCCUCCAGCCUCCAGCCAGCACCAAAGGCCCGUCGGACGGCGGUGGGCAGACACAGAGCAGAGCACCUAAAAAGUAACCUGUGUGAGGUGUGUGUGUGUGUAUGUGUGUUGCCCACCUCACCUUUAGUGAGAGAAGGAAACAGACCCUUGGGACUCGCUGGGGGUGGGUGA